AUGUCGGCAAGAACAUCGCGUGGUGCCCCUCCUUCGGGCAGCUCUUCUGCCGCACCCCCCACCAGCGGUCGCUCCAACGAGUACUUCGUCCCGAGAGAUGGCAUUGAUCGCGAGGUCAUCACCGCCGAUAUCUGCCGCUACCUCGGAAACGAUGCUUUGGUGCGACCUGGACACUAUGAGAACCCUCAGACAGGCCAGGUCGUUCAAGGCUACUACAUUACCGCGUACCGAAACCUGACAACAGCUAUGAUUGAUGACUUGAAGGCCGACUCUGCCCGGUGGGAGGCAGAGAGGCGGCAGCAAGCCGCCCGGAACACCCAAGGAGGUACAUUUGCCUCGAGAGAUGCGGCGGCUCCCUCUUUGUCGAGACGAUCUAACUCCCCUACAGCAGGGUACCGCCAGUCGGAGACUCAUUCCGCGCGCCAACAUUAUGGCCCUACGGACCCCGCUGGCUACCCGGACGUAGGACGUGAUUCCUAUGACAACACCCCCAGAUACCCAGGAUCCCAAGCUCCAGGAUACUCAGGAAACUCCUCGCAGAGCUACCCCGGAGCGGCGGCGGCUGCUUCUGGGUACGCCCAGCAGACUCCUUCUGCUUAUCCCUCAAAUGCCGGGUAUUCCUAUCCCGCAGGCUCUGCUUACAGCCAGCCGGACCCUAGAGACGCCAGGUACUCCGGAACACCGAGCCAUCCUGGAGGAUAUGGUCAAGAGCCCCCUUACACGGCCGUCAACACGAACUUGGCUGCUUCUUCGCGUAGCCCUGACUACUACGGCUCCUCUGGAACGGCCGGACGGAUCCCUACCACCAUGGCAACCCAGCAGGGACAGGCUUACAUCCAAUCUGGAUCUCAAGGUCAAGCAGGCUACCCUUCUAACUACUACCCGUCCUCAUCCGCAGCGCCCUACGGAUCCGCGUCGGUGUCUCAAGAUCCAUUGUACGGACGCGGUGCGUAUAAACUCUCUUAA